AUGGGGAAGGUUACGAGGAAGCCGCAGGAGAAGCACAAGGCGUCGUUGUCCCCUGCGGUAACAGAUCUGGUCAAGCAGGUUUCAACAGUGCCCUUGGUCGACCUUCCAGGUGUCUUGGCUGCCUGGUCGCCGAGAUGGCCUUAUCCCCGUGGCGAUCUCAACAACUGGAUCGAACCUCUCGACCGGUUUGACAGCAUCCUCCAGUCCUUCAACUCGAGAUAUGGCUUGGACAAAGGCCCUCAGACAAUACCCUUUAACUCAUCACUGUUACUCGAGGGGAGCCCUGGGGUCGAUGAGCAGGGUUUGAAAGAGAGAGGAUUUGGUCCAGAGGGUGAUAGAGAACUGGUCGAAUCGGUUCUGGCCUUUUCGAAACUUCUGGUUGAAAAAUGUGCAAACCGCGCAGUCUACAAUAGCACAGACCGCUUGAAUGACUUGUUACAUACCACAUCGCUCUCCCUACUGCACAGCACUCUGCAAAUCACCUUCUUCCUAGCGCAGCGGUACGGAGGCAUUCGCCCCUCUUCUCAUGGGCCAAAAUUUUAUGAUUUUGAUUAUGAGCGUAUCGAGAGACUGGCUUCGCCUUUCGGGCCACUUCCAGCGAAUGCUAAACGUGGACCACCAUCUCCAGUCAAGACCAAGUCCAAAGAGAAAGUUCAGCACAACGGCGGCAAACCGAGGCGUGGCUCCACUGCAUUCAAUCCAAACGACUUUCGUGCCCUCUGCAAGGAAUCCCCACAGCAUGGCGACCGCGGGAAAUCUUCAUCAGCCGGACUUGAUCGAGAUUGGUCUGCAUGGGCUCACCACGUCAGAGUCUGGUGGGAAACCUCAGGCUCCGAACCCGAGGCUGCCUCUGUUGAAGCCUCGCAAUCGUUAGAAACCUCACCCACCCCGACACGCAGCCGACCAUUGUCGACGGGCCCCGGCACAGCGAGUACCAACGGCUCUUCCAAUGACAUUGGCAGUAGUAGAAUUGUCCAUGCACAAGGUGAAAAAGAGAAGAGCGUGAAGAUACUCGAAUUCUCUCCCUCGGAUCUGUCAGCCACCACUAUCGAGACGAUCUUGCACAACCACCUGGCUGACGAUAUGCCGCCCAAGGUUCGAUACGAGCUGCUGCACCAGCUUCGUGUUGCCUAUGCUUUGAUCACCUCGUCGAGUAGUCGCAAGGGGCUGUUAGCAGUGCGGCUCUUGUCCAUCGCUAGUCUGGCCAAUGUCUUUAGCGAACCGGACCUCACUCAGAAACUGUUCUCGGAGGAGAAACCUCAGGAAUUCAUCCAGCAAGUUGUGGGUCUUCUUCACGACACAAAAAAGUCCCACCCUAGUGUGCCCAUCUAUCUUCAAACUCUGGCCAUGGAGACGAUGUCGUUCCUGGCACACUCAAAAUCUUUCGCUUCCGAGAUUCAUGCUGCAUUGGGUGCAGGAUCAAGUCAGGGGCUCCUUUCUCAACUGAUACAAAAGGGCCUGAGUGAUAUUGCUCAAGAGCAUGACCAUACCGAUGACGUGUUUGGGGACGAUUGGAGAGACGCGAUCUUUUCGUUGCCGAGGACGCUCAUUGAGGUUACCGGUCACCACGGACGCUCUAGCGAGGCGGUGAUAGCUUCGAGCUUUAUCACCUCAUACCUUACCGGCUUCAGUAUUACAACCGCCAAAGCCAUGAGGGUCCACCUGCGGAUGCUUGACUUUAUCAAGACGUUCUUCCAUCACUUCAAAGAUGGUCUCGCAACUUUGUUAAGUAACAAUGCUUUUGAGGCUAUCUGCAAUCUCUUGAGCACUCUUGUGACAAGUGCUUGGGAUCUUCUCCAGGCAGGUCAAGGGAUACCGGCUCAGCAUAAGACGCGGGCUACGGACUACGAAAUCCCUUAUAUGCAUCAGCAAAUAAUCCGAUCCAUCAUUGACAUGAUCAACGACAUCAGCGGUCAUCAGGGUCAGCAGGCUGAUCGAGUGCUGCGAAGCCUGGUCGACUCUCAGGCUUUGCUCCGUGCCUUUCGGCUCAUUGUCGACCAUCUGACCGCUUUCGGUGCGCACACAUGGAGCGAAGUCAUCAAGGCCAUCUGGGGAUUUCUCCACAACGAGCCCACAAGCUAUGCAGUGAUAUCCGAAGCAGGUAUUAUUCAGAGCAUUCUAAACACAGUCAAUCCGUCACCGAACCCGUCAGAAACUCCAGCGAAUCAGAAGCGGUCAAAUUCAAUAUCGUCGAUCCCUGAAAAUCGACCACAAGGUAUUCCACCCGUGGUUGAUGCAAUUGUCAACGUCUCUCAGGUGUUCGGCGCUAUUUGUCUUACGAGUGCUGGUUUCGACCUGUUCAAAUCCUCCGGUGCUCUGGAGAAGUUCUUCGAGAUCUUCGAGUCACCUGCCCAUGUGAAGGUCCUCAACGAUGCAAGCAUGCUGGCUAUGCUUGGUUCGACAUUCGAUGAGCUCAUCAGACAUCAUCCAAACUUGCGGACUUCCGUUUUGAGUGCGGUGAUGAUAAUGCUUGGUCGCGUGCGUCAUAUUGGCAGGUCGCUCUCCGUCAACUUUGGUGCAGGAGCAAAGCUGUGGCUUGGUACGGAGGAUGAACUUGUUCCCUGCGGUGGACGCGAGGCCCUGUCGUUGGAGAUUCUACCACCAGUUUCAAGCAAUGCUGAUGAACCCAUUCCUGCCAGAAAGAUUGACCUGCCGAAUGGUGACAAAUUGAUUCUGGAGGAUGAGAUGCUUCCCCCGAGCACUGUUACCGGAAGACCGAGCGAUCAAGAUGGCAAUGGGCUGAAAGCUAGUGAUUACGUUAGACCUGCGAUUGCGUUCUUGAUGGCUUUCUUCGAGCACCAGGCUCAUUGCACUAGCUUUUUGGACCAUGGUGGCUGCGACCUUGUCUUGGACUUCAUCACAUUGCCCAGCCUGCCGGUUGCAACUCAACCCUUUGACCGACACGGUGGAAUGUUCCAAGAGCUGGCCGCAGCAGUUCACAUGAUGGCCGAGACCAAACCGCACAUUGUCCUUCCUGCACUUGUCGACCGCGCGCGUUUUGCUUGUUCAGAGCUAAAGCACUUCAGCCAAUGUCAGCCAACCGACUGGUCUUGUUAUUUUGGCCCUCUCGUGAAAGCCGCGCCAGGUACCACCGGGACAGGCAAGGGCGCUGCUCCGCAGCUGUCAGACGUGGAGUUAAAUGGAACUCGCCUAGUCAGAAGCAUGAUGGCGGUCUUUUGUCUGGCCCAGGUGCUAAGCGAGAUCUUCAACAUUCCGAUUUAUAACCAGAGACACAUGCAUAACUUCCUGUUCGGGUCAGUGAACCUAGAGGAUGUUUUAGCCGACAUUGCUCAAAUGAUGGGAGCGAUAUCAGCUGCCUGUUGUCGCGAGGAUGUUGCGCUCCAGCGCUCAAUCCCCGAAUCCUGGAUCUCGGCAACACGCCCAGAACACUUCUCGACUGGUGACGAUGAGGUUGAUAAACUUUUGAGUGUUCGCGACAUCACGUCUCGCCAUACAGGGCCUUCGACACCUGAAACUGGCGAGAAUAAAACAAUCUCUGGGUCAGACUCCGCUACACUGAGUCAGGAUCGACAAACACCAUUCUUCAAGAACGUCCAGACUCUACGCUUUCUCUUGAUCGAAACUCCUGCCGCCAUCACCGAUUUCCUGUGUCGACUUGGCCGCAACAUCGCUGGCCGGCGUCGCCCAGACACCUUCUCCAAACAGAAGACGUCCUUAGUGGCAAAUGCUCUCGCCUCCGCCUAUUUAACACAACUUCGACCAUACUUCCUCAACCCGAAACCUCCGCAAAACGGUGGCGCCGAGGAUACCGAACCCCGCUUUACUUAUCUUGUGAUCGCUCUAGAUAACGUCCGGGGAAGCUUCUACGACGACAGCAGUUCGUCGUCAGGACCCAUCGCGACACAUCCAGCCCGUCAAGGUUUUGUCGUCGAGGCGUUUCGCAAGGCUGGCGGUAUCAAAACUCUGACGGAGAUCGGCACAGAGUUUUUCGACAAAUUGAAGUCAUGCAAAGUGGAGCAUGCCAUUUUCUCUGCCAAUACGGGUCUCAAAAUCUGUCUCGAUAUCCUGGAGGUAUUCACCGACUCAAAAUGCAUCAUGGAAUCAGCACAGUCGAACAACAUGAAGACUAUAGACCCUUCGAGACAAUACUACUUUGUUCCUGCUCAAGUGUUACUCAACUUACGGAUGGAAGCACUUCCGCUCGCGCGAUUGAUAUGGGCGAGUGAAUACGCGGACCAAGCAUCCAAAGACGUUGUGCAGAAGCUGAUCUCGAUCUUGAAGCAUGUAUUCACUGGUGACCAUGAGAUGGAAGCAGUGCAGUCUGAUGGUGACCACCCUACUCUUGCACCCUUUGCGCCAAAGCGACCGGAGUUUGACCCUUCAAAGGUCAACACUUUGAAAGACAAAGGCUACAGUGAGGAUCUCGUACGCGAGGCUCUUUACCGCUCCAAUUCGCAAGCGCCAAAUAUCUACACGCCAGCUGAAGAGUACUGCCGAGCACUUUCAGCCAAUCCUCGCCGGAGGCGACUGCCAGUCCCUGAGAGAGAUAGCGACACUACGACUGCUCCUAGCCAUAUUUCUGGCGUUGUGAAUCCGCCGGCAAACUCAAAUUCAUCUUCUGGUUGGGUCUCGCUGGACACGUUUCACACUAUAUUUCCGAAUGCGCAUGAAGCGCCAGACGACAACGAGAUGGAAGACGUCACUACCUCUAGUCAAAACACUUCCGCAUCGAGACCGGCGGAUAAUGCCACGACGAGCGUCUCUUCCGCAAUGGACAUCAGUAACCUUCUCAACAGUGACACUGAGCCUGAACGCGUGGUACCACAACCUUCCGAGGCAGAUCUGCCACGGAAUUACUCCGUCCAGUCGAUCAACGAACAGAGGGCACUCAUCAGAGAGGACCUGGCUGAGCGGUGCAAUAAUAUUCUCGACAAUCACCCGAACUUGACCUUCGAGCUGUCUGACUUGAUCAUUAGUGCAACAAAGAAAUUGGGUGAAGAUCAAGCCAAUGAGUUUUGGAGAACUACCUUGGAUCUUCUGACUAGUUCACUACUAUCGAUGCAAGACGAAGAUGAUAUUAACGAAUCCCGCGGAAAGAAAAUCGCUGCCGCAGCGCACCUGGUAGCUCUCCUUAUCCAGGAUGGAGAAGUGUUCAAAGAGACACUCAAUAUAUUCCAGGACUCGUUUGAAGGCAUCCUUUCGUUUUUACAACUUCCGGCAGCAGAUGGACGGGCUGAUGAAGGCUCCUUUCCAUGGGUUGCGCCUAUCUUGUUGAUUAUUGAGAAGAUGCUGUCCAAGGACUGUGAGCCGGCAGUAGUCAAGUGGGAUAAUCCGGCGGACCUUGAUUCUGUCACAAAGGCUGUGCUGACACCGGUUGCUGUGUUCGACAUGGAUGAUAAACUGAAGCUCUUCGAAGCACUCGUGAACCUGCUCCCUCGCGUUGGCAAAGACAAAGGCAUGGCUUUGGCCAUCACUAGAGUUCUAGUUCCUCUUACACGAACUCGAGAAGUUGCCAGCAGGUUGGCUGAGAAACGGAACCUUCAGAGACUCUUCCUCAUGGUCAAGCAACUUACCAAUGGGGUGGGACAUCGCCUACAAAGUUGCUUCAUGCUCAUUCUGCGACACAUUGUCGAGGACGACGCAACCCUGAAACAAAUCAUGCGCAGUGAGAUAAAGCUUCUAUUCCACUCUCGCAGCACGGCAAGGCAACCAGACACAAACAGUUACAUUCGUGAGCUAUACCAUCUUGUCCUGCGAUCGCCAUCUGUCUUCGUCGAGACGACAAAUGAGCUUGUCAAAUUGUCUUCGUGGCAGCCGCAUGCUACAGGUGUGGCCGCUCUGGUAUUGAAGGAUACUCUAGUGUUGAAGAAGACCAGUGAGUCCAAGGCAACCGACCAAGACGAAGGUGCCCAAAGUCAACCAAACGAAGACAGCACAGUGGAUGCCACGCAGCCAGCAGCCAGCGUUGAAAACGCGCCAGAUUCCAACGAAGAGGGUAGCAAAGGCAAGGUGCCCGAAUUGAAGCCUCCGACUGUCGAGCAUCCGGAUGGAGUCAUUCACUUCAUUCUAUCCGAGUUGUUGAAUUACAAGGACGUUGAGGAUAAAGAUCCCCCUGCCCAGGUCUCGGGCACUCCAACUGUGAAUGGAACGUCAAAUCCUAACCAACACACCGCUACAGCAAGUUCGUCCGAAGGCCCUGCCAUUGACGGUUCGCAGCCGAAAUCUGAAAAGGCAAAGUUCAAGCCUGAGGAGCACCCAAUCUUUUCCUACCGCUGCUUCUUGAUGUACAAUCUGACCGAACUUCUGCACUCUUAUAACCGCGCAAAGAUUGAGUUCAUCAAUUUCUCUCGCAAGGCUGACCCAAUGGCGGUCACGCCAUCGAAGCCACGUUCUGGGAUUCUCAACUACUUCCUCACCGGACUGAUUCCAUCCUGUUAUGUGGACAAGGAAGAUUCUCUCCAAUUCAAGAAGAAAUUGCUCACAAGUGAUUGGGCUAUUCGAGUGAUUGUUGCCCUGUGUUCUAAGACAGGGGAAGCGGGUAUGACUGUUACUGCGCAACGAUACUCCACACAGCCACAAAUCGAGGACGUUGACGACGAACCAGACCUGACAUUCGUGCGCCGCUUUGUCCUCGAGCACGCCAUCAAGGCGUACAAGGAUGCCAUUUCUUCGAACGAACCACUUCAGAUGAAGUACAGUCGAUUGCUGUGUCUAGCUGACAUGUUCAAUCGUCUCUUGACAAAGCCUGCCGUCCCAGAAGGCUCUGCUGGCUCCCAGAAUACUUCCUACAAAGUCCUUUCCAGGAUGAUGUUUGAGAAGAAUCUUAUCUCAGUCUUGACCAGCUCGCUCACAGAAAUCGAUCUUGCAUACCCUGGCUCCAAGAGAGUGAUCAAGUUCAUCCUGCGCCCAUUACAGGAGCUCACCACAUUAGCAACUCAACUAAGCGUCACGUCGCCGGACCUUUUGAACUCCGUGGUGGGGAACAUGCCUGAAGACGUCAUUUCGUCUGCCUCGUCGGUAUCGGAUGUUGAUGAAGAGCGGGAAGAAACACCUGAUCUUUUCCGAAAUUCUGCGCUCGGUUUGCUGGAUCCCAAUCGGGAUCCUGGCUCGGACUCUGCGACGGAUGAAGAAGAUGAAGACGAGGAGAUGUAUGACGAUGCGUAUGAGGACGAAAUGGAGUACGAUGACGGCAUGGUCGCCGGUCCGAACGACGACGAAGCAGUCAGCGAUGAAGAAGAAGGUGAAAUGGGGCCAGACGGUGAAAUAGAGGGCCUUCCAGGUGAUGUACCAAUGGACAUCGAAUUUGUUGUGAACGAUCCUCACAUGGAUGUCGACUCAGAUGAAGAUGAAGAUGAUGAGGACGACGACGAGUCCGACGAAGACGACGAGGACGACGAGGACGAUGACGACGACGGCGAAGACUUUGAAAUUGGUGAAGACGACGAUGCCGGUGAAAUCAACGCUGACGACGAAAACAACAGUCUCAAUGAAGGACCCGGGGACGAGGAAGGCGAAUGGGAAGACGAAGACGAAGACGACGACGAUGACGGCGAUGAGGCAGAAAAUGCUGGGGAACGACAUCGCAUCGCUGGGUUUGAUCACGAUGGGUUUUCCUUCCCUGGAGGUGACCACGACCUUGAUGGCUCGAUGGGCGAUCUGUCAGAAGAUGGGUCUUCGCCAGUCAUGACGGCCGCACGUCGUAGUCGUCCUCAAAUCGAUCCCGGCGUCGUUCCACCUCCAGGAAUCACUUUUCCAGAGGAAGAGGACGAUGAUGAUGAGGACGAGGACGACGAGGACGAAGAUGAUGAAGAUGGCGACGAUAUGGACGAGAAUGACGGAUUGGAGUACGGUGACUUCGAUCACUUACUUGGUGGUGCCCGCGAGAUCAUCGAGCACACCCAUUUGACAUGGGACCAUCCGCCUCUUAUGCGGCGGCAUCGUCCACUUGCUGGCUCGGUCUGGAAUUCCCUUACUAGGCGGAUUGAAGGCCGUGAGGAUCUGAAUCCACCAGGCCGCUCGGGCCGCAUAUCGGGACACGUGAGGUCUGGCGAUGAUGGCACAAACCCGCUGUUACGAAGGCCUCAACCAGAGUCUCGACAGAGAACAGAGCACCUUGGUGCUGGCAUUUUCUUUCCGUCUGCGAUGCAGAUACCAGGGAUCCCUCCCUUCCAUCAACCUAUUCAAGCAACUCUCCACGCGGUUGAUCCACGCGGAAUAGGCGGACAUGGAGCUGUACUUGACGCCAUUUUCUCGGCUCUUCAGCGUGGCGAGAUAGGCGAAGGACAGGUUCGGCUUCGCAUUCCCGCUCCUCUUACAGAUUUCCGCGAUCCCUGGCGAUCAUCUGGGUGGGAUCCCCGCCAUCACCGUCAUGUUUCCCGCGAAGACUCCCAGCGCGGUAACAACUUUGUGCCCUCACCGACUAUGGCACGUUGGCAAGAGGAAGUACGACUUCUCUAUGGCACUACCUAUAUAGAGAAGAUCCAGAGGGUUCAAUUGUGGCUCAUGUCGGUCAUGGUUCCCUUUGCUCAGCAAGAGGAAAAAGAACUCAAACGGAAGCGAGAACAGGAGCAGAAGGCAGAACGGGAAGAAAUGGAAAGAUUGAAGGUGGAAGCAGAACGUCGCAAGAAAGAGGCUGAGGAACGUGAAGAAGAGCGUUUACGGGUUGAGGCCGAAAUCGCUGCAGCUGUCGAAGCUGAUGCCCAAGAAGAGGAUGUUGAGCAUGAAGACGGUGACACUGUUCCCAUGGAGGUCGUACAAGAUACAGAAGUAUCAAAUGCGCAAGAAGCCCCUGACAACGCGGCUUCGACGUCGACAACGACUGAAGCGCAGCCGCGUGUUUUCACUACCAUUCGAGGCCGGCAAAUCGACAUCACAGGGCUUGCGAUUGAUAUUGAGUAUUUGGAAGCCCUACCAGAAGAACUCCGCGAAGAGGUCAUCAUGCAGCAGUAUGCUACUCGCCGUGAAGAAGCUCGUCAAGAAGGGGCUAGUACGUCUGGCAUUGAUCCAGACUUCCUCAACGCUCUCCCAGAAGAGAUCCGAGAAGAGAUACGGCAACAGGAAGCCCACGCACAACGCCGACGGGAGCGUGAAGAAGCUCGCAGACAAGCUGCAGCCAACGGAGGACACGCGCAGGCGGAAGACAUGGACAACGAUAACUUCUUGGCCACCCUUGACCCUGCAUUCCGUCGUGUGAUAUUAGCAGAACAGCCCCCCGAGGUCUUGCGUCAGCUUGAUCCUCGUCACGCUGCAGAAGGUCGGGCACAUGCCAGACGUCUGUAUCAAUAUGUCCGAACUGAUGGAGACGGGCGUGACGACCGACACGGCGAAGACGCAGGUCAACGCGACGGCAAGCGGCAGAUUAUUCAGAUGGUUGAGAAGUCUGGAGUGGCAACUUUGUUGCGCCUCAUGUUCUUACCACAACAAGGCUCGCUUCGCACAAAUCUAUGGCAUGUCCUACGCAAUAUCUGCGGCAACCGACAAACUCGAUCCGAAGUCGUCAAUCUCUUACUCCUCAUUCUCAAAGAAGGUUCAACGGAUGUGUCGGCUGUUGAGCGCAGUCUAGCCAAUUUAUCCUUGAGAGCAAAAGCAACUGUUGGCCAGAAGACGCCUCAGCCACUCAAACGCACGCUCUCACUGCAGCCUGCAGGUGGCAUUAGCAAUGAGGUUACCCCUCUUGUGGUCGUGCAGCAGUGUCUUUCUGCCCUGAGACAGCUUUGCCAGAGCAAUUACCACACCCGGACUAUUUUUAUCCGGGAAAGUGAUGCCAGUCUGGCUUCCAAGAAGGGUAAAGGAAAAGCCAAGGAGGUCAAGGCAGCCAGAUAUCCGAUCAACGAUCUAAUCAGCCUCCUCGACCGCAAACUGAUCGUGGAAAGUUCGUCGUGCCUUCAAUCACUUGCUGAGCUUUUAUCGGCCGUGACUCAGCCUUUGCCGAAUCUUUUGAAGAAGGACAAGGAGAAGGUCGCCGACGAGGAGAAGCCGACUGAGCCUGAGGGCAGGACCACAGAGGAAGCAAUUUCCGCCAGUGCAUCUGCUGAAGCAGCUCAACCAGCUCGAAUAGAUGCCGAUGUUGAGAUCCAAGAUGCUCCGGCUCCUGUUGCUACCAACGAAGCGACUGAAGCUUCUGCAAGUGUGGCUGAACAACCCGAGACUGCUGAGACUGGCACGAAUGACAAUGCAGAAACUAGCAAUGACGACUUGACGACCGAAGGCGCCAAAUCAAAGAAGGCUUUCGAACCGCCCGAGGUUUCAGAACACAAUUUACAACUCGUUGUGAGCAUCUUUGUUGCUCCGGAAUGCAAUAGCGACACAUUCCACUCUACCUUGGAGACGCUGUCGAGCCUGUCAUGCAUUCCCGGUACCUCGGCCGUCUUUAGCAAGGAGUUGAUUCAUCACAUCAGAGAACUUUCGGAAUCCAUCUGCAAAGACCUAGAGGAGCUGAUUCCACAGCUCAAAGAAGCGCAGUCGAUCACUGACCUCCAUGUGCUCUCGUCGACCAAAUUCUCCCAUGGUGGUUCCGACCAAGUCAAGCUAUUGCGAGUUCUCCAGGCAUUGGACUAUCUAUCCGCGCCCAAGGCGGAGAAUGAAGAACCCGAGGGAAAUGCGGUGGCAAAGAGCAUCCUUACUUCUUCGUACGAAAGCCUUGCACUGCGACCGCUGUGGAGCAAACUGAGUGAAUGUUUAACAACGGUCCGCGAAAAGGACAACAUUACUACUUUUGCUACAAUACUGCUUCCACUCAUCGAGUCGUUGAUGGUGGUCUGUAAGAAUACCUCUCUCAAAGACUCGGUUCUGGCUCGCCAGAUCCGAGAACAGGUACCUGGAAGCCCUGCGCCGGAGGCUAUGGAUGACCUCCAAGAACUGUUUUUCAACUUCACAACCGAGCAUCGGAAGAUUCUCAACGAUAUCAUCCGCCAAUCUCCCAAGUUGAUGCAAGGAAACGGAAGCUUCAGCCUCUUGGUUAAGAACCCCAAAGUCCUCGACUUUGACAACAAGCGAGCCUACUUUACCAAGCAGAUUCACUCUAGAUUGCACCAGCAACGUCAUAUUCAACCCCCUCUACAGCUCAACGUCCGCCGCAGCCAAGUGUUCCUCGAUUCUUACAAGGCCUUGUACUACAAAUCCGCCGAGGAGAUGAAAUAUGGUAAACUCAACAUUCGUUUCAACGGCGAAGAAGGCGUUGAUGCAGGUGGUGUCACUCGAGAAUGGUUUCAAGUUCUUGCUCGAGGCAUGUUCAAUCCAGAUUGGGCCUUGUGGCAACCUGUGGCAGCCGAUCGUACCACAUUCCACCCUAACCCGCUCAGUUGGAUCAAUGGCGAACACCUUCUGUACUUCAAAUUCAUCGGACGCAUCAUUGGAAAGGCCUUGCACGAGGGCCGUGUUCUUGAUUGUCACUUCAGCCGGGCUGUUUAUAAGCGUCUUCUUGGGAAGGAACCUAAUUUGAAAGAUCUCGAGUCCAUGGAUCUUGACUACUACAAGAGUUUGGUGUGGAUUCUGGAGAACGACAUCACCGACGUCAUCACCGAAGACUUCUCUGUGGUCGAAGAGCAAUUUGGCGAGGAAAAGAUCGUGGACCUUGUUCCGAACGGCCGCAAUAUCCCCGUGACGGAGGAGAACAAGAGAGAAUACGUCAAUGCCCAAGUUCGCUAUCGCCUCACCACAUCAGUCAAGGAGCAGCUUGAGAAUUUCGUCAAAGGUUUCCAUGAUAUCAUCCCAGCAGAGCUCAUCGCCAUCUUCGACGAACAGGAACUCGAAUUGCUCAUCUCUGGACUGCCGGAGAUCGACGUGGACGAUUGGAGAGCCCAUACCGAAUACCACAACUACAAUGCCAACAGUCCUCAAGUUACAUGGUUCUGGCGCAUUGUCCGCGGUAUGAGCAACGAAGAACGGGCGAAAUUGUUACAAUUCGUCACUGGCACCAGCAAAGUUCCUCUCAACGGCUUCAAGGACCUUGAAGGCAUGCAAGGGAAUACGUUGUUCAGUAUUCACAAGGAUCCAAGUCAAUCUCGCUUACCGACGAGUCACACUUGUUUCAACCAGCUGGACUUGCCUGCUUACGAUGACUAUGAUACUCUCAAGAACAACUUGAUGACGGCAAUUAAUCUCGGCGCUGAUUAUUUCGGGAAAGCUGGUGCUAGCAAGAAGGCUGCCAAGAACCCUCUCCUCGAGAGACGUCCACGAAACUUUGGCAUCGGUCAAGAUGUGCAGCCCAAGCGCAACCUGUCGCGCAUGGUCAAAUGGCCAGAGUACAUCCGCCUCCAACGCCAGAAGAAGAUCUUGAACAUGCGCCUCAAGGUGCCACCUGCGAUCGCCCAGUUCCAGCACACCCUCGAUCGAAAUACCGCAGCACAGACCUUCAAGCUACUCAACAAGUACCGCCCUGAAACCAAGGCACAGAAGAAAGAGAGACUGCACCAGGAGGCGACCGCUGUCCAGGAGGGCAAGAAGAAGGAGGACGUGAGCAAGCAGAAACCCUACACAGUCAAAUACGGCCUCAACCACGUUGUCGGUCUUAUUGAAGCCAAGAAGGCAUCCCUCGUCCUGAUCCCCAACGACGUGGACCCUAUCGAACUUGUCGUCUUCCUCCCUGCCCUCUGCCGGAAGAUGGGCAUCCCAUACGCCAUCAUCAAGGGCAAGGCUCGCCUUGGCACCGUCGUACACAAGAAGACUGCCGCCGUGCUAGCUCUGACCGAGGUCAAGGGCGAGGACAAGUCGGAGUUGUCCAAGUUGGUCAACGCCAUCAACGAGGGCUACACCAACAAGUACGAGGAGAACAGAAGACACUGGGGUGGUGGAAUCAUGGGUGUCAAGGCUGUUGCACGGAUGGACAAGAAGAGGAAGGCUGUUGAGAGCGCCAUCAAGAUCUAA